CAUCACAGUUGCAUUUUAAUUUAUUUCGUAAUAAAUUUGUGUAGCUUUGAAAUUUUCAGAUAGAUUUUUAAAAACAUUUUCAAAAUUAUUUGUAUAAAUAAGACAAUGGCCAACAAUUCCACUGUUCAGAAGGUGAUGCACGUAUCCGAGGAGGCGGCACCAGCUGUACACAUCCCCAUCAUGGUGGGCAAUGAGAUCUUCGUGCUUACCCAACAGGAUGUUCGUCGUGUUGAGGACAUCCGGAUGCUUAGCUACAAUCGCCUAGGAAGUAAUGGGCAGCUGUGUCCCGUGUACUCGGCUAUACCGGCUCCGAUUCAUUACUCUCUGCCCAACACCACCAAUUUAUGCACUCUUGGCGAUCUUAUAAAUCAGGCUUCAGAGAAGAGGGCCAAGAUACAGAUGGACAUUGAACAUCAUUCGAACUCCACCAAGCAGGAUUCGUGUCCGACUAAGACUGUUGCCAGCGUGACCACUCAAUUGGGUUGGUCCAAGAGCAAGGACGAAUCGGAGGCAUUGUUCCGCAUCUGCUAUAGCGCCGGAACUUCAACAAGUGGCCUGAUGAAGAACACCGGUUGCCAGCACUGUCCUUCAUGCGAUAAAAAUCACUCCAGCUGCCAGACACAUUACCUACCUGAUACAAAACCAAUUGGACAGCAGCCGCCGCAGAACGCGUGUUGCCAAGCUCAGACCAGUCCAUGUCGAAGUCAAAUUGUGAAAAGAGAAGUUCAGAACGCAAGUUGCCAAACACAGGCUUUUUCUAAUACAAUUACAAUGGUGAAUAGGGAGAUGACACAGAAAGCAUGUUGCCAAACCCAGACCUCUUCCAGCCAAAGUCCCAUUGUGAAGGAGAAGCCACAAAACUCAACUUACCAUGCUCAGCCGCCUACAGUCUCCACGGGCUGUAAUACGUCAUUUAACAAUUUGUUGGAGACUUCCUCUGCUGAGUCUUAUACAUCGAACGAAUGUGAAUAUACGUUUCCGGAACAGAGCAAUCCAUGUCGGCACUGUAAAUCGCAGCAGACUUCAACGAACAGAUUUCCACCGGAGCAACCUAGCACAUCCCGUCAUAUUCACUUCGAUCUCAAUCAACAAGAUGUGGAGUAUGAGGACUUUGAGAGAAAAUCUUCUUCUCAGCGAUCGGAUCGUAAUUUAAGAAAAGAUGACCAGGAAUUUUUUAAAACUCUUCUUAAGAGUAGAACUGUAUAUUCACGAGCCCUGAACAAAACUCCAGUUUCCAAGCCAAUCAAGAAACAAGUAGGUCUCAUCGAUCGCAAUCCCUACUACGAUGAACUGCACUUACAACGAAGGCAGGACUCAGCGUACACCAACAAACAGCAUUGAUGAUUCAUUC